CGGAAGCGAGAGGUGUUUUCGGCAUCGGAAGUACAGCGACGGGGCGGGGGGCUCAAUGACUUAAGCGUCCUGGCUAGUACCUGUGACAGGCUGUGAUGGCGAGCUCGGCAGCCACAGUCCCUUUCCUUGCUCCGCCUCUGGAGCAGCUCCGGCACUUAGCAGCGGAGCUGCGGUCUCUUCUGCCUCAAGUGCGGGUCGGCGAAGCCCAGGAGACAACCGAGGAAUUUAAUCGAGAGAUGUUUUGGAGAAGAUUUAAUGAGGCAGCAGUGAACCUGUCAGAGGAAGCCAAGAUUCUGACCAUACUGUUUUCCCGACUUCCACUGCCAUCUCCACGGGAAACCCAGAGGAUCUGUGAGCAAAUCCAUGUUGCCAUUGAGGAAAUUAUUGCAGUAUAUUAUUCACUUCCUAAGGAUCAGGGAAUCACCCUGAGAAAGCUGGUGCGGAGUGCUACUCUGGACAUUGUGGAUGGCAUGGCUCAGCUCCUGGAAGUGCUUGUCUCUCCAUCUCCAAGCACCAAGAACAGUGACCUUAUUUCCUGCAAUAGUGUCUCGGUAGCAUGCCAACAGGUGCCUGAGAUUCCAAAAGAUAACAAAGCCGCAGCCCUGCUGAUGCUGACAGAGAGUGUGGAUUUUGUGAAAGAUGCACAUGAAGAAAUGGAGCAGGCUGUAGAAGAAUGUGACCCCUACUGUGGCCUCCUGAAUGAUUCUGAGGACAACUCUGACAGCCACAGUGGUGAGGAUGGUGUAGUGGGGCUUCCAAGCAACCGGGACUCCUACUGGUCAGAGGAAGAUCAGGAGCUCAUAGCCCCAUGCCUUGCAUUGGUGAAAGCAUCCAGAGCUUCCCUCAAGAAAAUCCGGAUCUUAGUGGCUGAGAAUGGGAAGAAGGAUCAGGUGGCCCAGCUGGAUGACAUCGUUGAUAUUUGUAAUGAGAUCAGCCCCAGUGUGGAUUGUUUGGUUCUGAGCAUAUAUCCACCUGUGUGUCACCUCACUGUGCGGAUCAAUUCUGCAAAACUGGUGUCUGUUUUAAUAAAAGCACUUGAAAUUACGAACGCCAGUCAUGUGACCCCCCAGCCAGAAGACAGCUGGAUCCCUUUACUCAUUAAUGCCAUUAAUCAUUGCAUGAACAGAGUUAAGGAGCUCACUCAGCAUGCAGCUGAGUUAUGAGCUGCCAGGCCAUUCUUACUCCUCUUUCUUCUGUUUCUCCUCUCACAGCCAAACUCCAGUGUCUGCUUUUAUUUAUUUAUUUUUAUUUUUUUCCCUGGUGUAUGCUUUUAGAAGUGGAGCUAUGACAGGGUGGGUGCUUGCUGAAUAGAAAGGGAGCUCCAGUCUGUAUUUCACAGGAGAUUGUUAUUAGGAUUAUAAGCUAGGACAGAUUGGCAGUUAUCUAUAAGUCAUAGGAGUGUGAUAUGCUUCUGUGCUAGACACAAAAGGAAUUUCUAUAAAUUUGUGCUCUGAGCUGUUUCUUGGAGAUUAAGGAAGUUGUCCUAUUUUCUAUUUUACAGUAAAGUAUAUUGUUUUAUUAAGAUUUUGAUGAUCUCAAUAAAAUGCUUACUUCUGUCAUUAAAUGUUUCAUUUAAUGUGUCUUCCAAAGUGUUAUUUAAAAUCUUUUAUUGUAGCCAGGCAUGUUGGCAUAAUUCUAGUACUUGGAAGGCAGAGACAGGUAGAUCUCUGAAUUAGAUGCCAGCCUGAUCCAUAUAGUAUAUUCCAGUACAGCCAGAGAGCUACAGACUUAGUCUCAGAAAGAAUAAGAACAAAGGAAAGAAACAGACUACAGACAUUGCGCGGUAGUUAGUACUGCAUAUACUAGUAAGUUAGUGUCUUAGUUAGGGUUUAUAUUGCUGUAAAGAGAUGCCAUCAAGACAGGAUUUCUCUGUGUAAUAGCUCUGGCUGUCCUAGAACUCAUUCUGUAGACCAGGCUAUGUAGCGCGCUCUGCACACCAGGCGCUCUGCGCACCACGGCGCUGUCAGCUGUCAUGUUCUCAGGGUCUGGCACUAAGCCCGU